AUGGCUAUACGACAUCUCAAGUUCUUGCAGGAGCGCAUCAAUGCGAGCGAAAGGCAGGCGGGGGAAGAACACUUCCGCGCCGGUUAUCAAGAAGCGGUUGGAGAGGCACUACGUUACCUGGCAGAAACUCAAGGCUUUCCCACCGACGGCAUUUGCGCACAGCUUGCCUCUCACCUUAAAAGGCAUUGCGAAAUUAUCACAAAAGGCGAAGCGCCCCGGCACAAUAGUCGAUCGUUUGGCUCAUCGUCGGAAACCGCAAGUUCAUCCUGUAGUUCGCUCAGCUAUACGGUGAAGCCAGGUGUCAUCCAACCACCGCCCGGCCCGCACGCCUAUCCGCCCGACCACUACGAGCCGGCGCCAGACCAGUCGUACCCUUUGGAAUGUGAUCGAGUGGCGACGGCGCAGUGCGUGCCUGGAGGAGGGUCGAUGAUACCGGGGAUGAGUGCUGGGGAGGGGCUGUGUGAGGGGGCAGGGGAGGCGGGGGGGCGCGGAGCCGCCAGACGUGCGCCACAAGCGUGA